GCCACUUCUUAGGAGUGAUUGUGUCUAUAUAUGGGGUAAGGGUAUAAUCCAUUCAAGUUGAAAACCAUCCACCAUCACUACUUGAUAAUCACUCAUCAAAAUGCCAUCUUCAAAAGGAAAGCCAACCGAUCCCAAAAAGAGGGAAGAAGCAAAGAAAGAGGUGCUUCAAAUGGAAAAAGGUGGCGGUAAAGGACAAUGGUCAGCCUGGAAAGCAGCCGAAAUGGCAAAAGUGUACGAAGCAAAAGGAGGAGAUUAUGAAAAUACAGGCGAUAAUCCAAACAAAGCCGAAAAAGGUGAUCCAAAACCCAAAGAGUCUGCUGUUAAGAAGGGAGAACGUAAACCAAAGGGUGCUCCAGUUGGUGAAAAGAAGGAAACUUCUGCAAAGAAAGCAGCUUCUAACGACAAAAAGACAAAGAGUUCAACUUCCAAAUCUACUUCCUCCGCCUCUGCAAAGAAGAAGGAUACCGGAAAAGGCGCAAAGACGGAAGCUAAAAAGACUACCACAACCACUCGUUCUGGUAGAAAGGUCUCAGCUGCUGCUUGAUUAGUUGUGGAAUGAGUUCGGCUGCUAUCGUGCUUUGAAGGUCAGGCUUGUCGAAAAGGGCGGCAUCAAAUACCUGUGUUUUUCGACCCUAGCCUGUUCGCUAUACAUCCUGUAUGUUGUUGUGAUUACCCAUCCUCUGUUCUGUAAUGUGAUUAAUUUUAUUCAUGGCGAUG